AUGUCUCCGAGUUCGAAGUCGAAAAUCUCCAUCUACGCUGACUUCGACCUUGAAGCAGUGUGUCGUCGGGCGAGCACGCUACGGCAGGGUAUCUCAUGUACUUGUGAUCCCAGUCAACAUCCUGCCUCAGGAAGUUUCAACUGGGCAAUUUUCAUCCUUUUCCGAGAUGGCGUACAAUGGGUUUUCAGAUCGCCACACCCGAGGACAUUCAUGCCUCUUGAUAUCGGGAUGAAGUUACUAGCAAGCAAAGCUGCUACACUUCGAUACCUCAAAACCCACAGCGAUAUACCCGUCCCAGAAGUAUAUGACUACUGCGCAUCGUCCGACAAUGACAUCAAAGUUCCAUUCAUUCUUAUGAGCCAAGCUCCUGGCUGGCCAUUAUCAAAAGUCUGGAUCCUUCCAAAAAAGGGCAAGGUCAUAACCCAGCUAGACGGUGUCACCUGGAAACUCUCGCAGCUACGACUUGAUAGAAUUGACUCACUCUAUGAAGACGAUGGAGCUUUCAAGAUCGAGGAAUGCCUCUGGCGCUGUUAUAUGUUACAUGAACGGUUUCUGUUAGAGGGUCGGCGUGGCCCUUUUGCUACCAACGCAGAGUUCUACGACAGCCUCGUUUCUCUAUUUUCAGAUCAAGCAGAGUGCCUGCGGCUAUCACAUCAUUGUUUCGUGGCGCCGGUUCCCUCGAGGGAAGACUAUCAAUCCGACAAGCAGUAUAGGCAGGCUGUGGAUUUGUGGAAUGACUUCGUCACUGUCGGCAACAAAAUCGAUUCUGCAGAUAACAGGCUGGAUUACAUCGUUGCAGGUGAUGCUCUCCGCGACAUUGUACGCAAAUUUGAACUCCCAAGUUCAAACCCGGGGACAUUCCCGCUAUGUCACGCUGAUCUUAGUGUCAAUAAUAUCUAUGUCGACGACGACUACAAUAUUACUUGUAUCAUCGACUGGGCGUUCACAUCAUGUGUUCCUGAUUCUAUGCUGUUAUCCCCUCCCGGCCUGCCACAAUACGGCGACAAGAUAAGCCCAGAGUUACACACAGCCUUCAUCGAUGGCUUCCAGGCAGCUAUGCCCGAAUCGACUGAAGAGAGUACGAACUUAAGUCGACUCCUCGGUCUGGACUCUAUCGGUGAUUACAAUCUCUUUGCUGCAGUUUGGCGGUCUACCUAUGGUCCCGAAAAGGAUACAGGAGAGUACUUCUCGCAACAACGUCGCUCACCUCACUACCUCCGGCUGUAUGACGAGGUUCGUGAGGAGGAUCGCCCACUUUGGAAAGUCGAAAGGGAUGAGAAGGACUAUUUCAGAAACAAGGUGUUCAAGCACACCAUAGCCAAGAAGUUGACACUCAUGUCGGAGUGGAAAGCAAAGUAUACGCCUGACAGUCCGCGGAGGAUUCGGCAAGAUAUGUUCAUUGCUUCUCCUAAUUUGUGGAAGUGGAUUCUGCGGUUCAUGGAGGACUGGGAAGAGAUGCUUGAUGCCGAUGCCAAUGUCAAGAAAAGAAUUUCUUAGGGACCUUGCUCUGCGCGGAUAGUGCUUGUUUUCAUCUGUAUUGGGGUAUUCAGGGUAUGCCUUCGCUCGGUUUACAAAUUGUUGUACGAACCGGGGGCCUUUUCUUACUCUGGAGAAACCUCAAGAAUGUCGUCUCAAGCUCCGAUCUUCUCGAGCCAAACCUCAAUUUGAUAUACGCAUCUGCGUCAAAUUCCUUUGGGGUAGUCUUUUCACUACGAGUGACUUGUUCAGAGAAAUGCUAGAUUUCACUUCUACUUCUCCGAGAGAUAGCAUAGUUUACAAUACACAAACCAAUAUAUCCG